AUGUUCAACUACCUGGCAGUCGAGGUGAGGCCCCAGCUCCACCGCAGCUAUGGGAGCCAGCAAGGGGUGUCUGGGCCACUGAAGAGCCGCCUGGAGCAGCUGAAGAAGCCGUGGUGGAGGGAGCCCACCCCGCUGGUGCUCCAGCACAGCGAGACAGCCAGGCUGGCCAUCGACGCCUUUCUUGAGCAGGGGGAGCGUGGCUACCUGAGCGCCAUCGCCGAGGAGAGAGAGCUGCCGUUCCUUUCCACCUUGGACAUGGAAUACAUCAGCCGUCAGAGGAACCAAAGCUUCCCAGACCCCAGUGCAACGAAAGACAAAGAAGCUGACCCUGGUGAUGCAGACACUGGAGACAGGUUCUCCCUCAACUCUGAACUAACAUCGGGCACCUACUUCCCCGUCAUGUCUGAUGUUCACCCUCCGGAGCUGGAGCUGGGGUGGCCAGGGAUUCCUCUCCUCACGGUGUCUGGCCAGACUCAGGCCACUGUGAUUUUCCAAAGAAACAAAACGAACAGCAUUAAGGAUUUGGUCCGGUCUCUGAUCAGCCGGUCACGGACGGUGAUAGCAAUUGUGAUGGAUCUGUUUACAGACAUGGAAAUCCUGUGUGACCUGCUGGAGGCCUCAAGCAGACGGCACAUCCCCGUUUACCUGAUCCUGGAUGAAGAGUACUUGAAGCAUUUUGUGGAAAUGUGCAAUAAAAUGGCUCUUACUCAAGACAGCUUCCCAAACAUGCGCAUAAGAUGCCUGAGUGGAGACACGUACUACAGCAAAGCAGGCAAGAAAUUUGCAGGCCAGGUUCUGGAGAAGUUUGUCCUGGUUGAUUGUGACCAAGUCCUUGCUGGUACAUACAGUUUCACCUGGCUUUGCAGCCAAGUCCACACUGGCCUGGUGACCCACUUCCGCGGGCAAAUUGUUGCAGAGUUUGAGAAGGAAUUCCGGUACUUGUACGCAGAGUCCAGAGCAGUGACCAGCUUCUGUGUGCCAGAUCCCAGGACAUGUCUCUCUUCCUGGAAUACCUCAAAAGUUGACAACUGUCUUCUAAAACCCACUCAGGGGAAUGAUACUGAGACCCUGAGCCCCUCCAGCAGCCUUUCCAAUGCGAGCAUCAGGAGCAUAAAAGUGUCUCCCUUCAUGAAAAACUCCAGCUGCAGUGCACACCAGGAAAAGCAAGAUUCCAGCUCUGAUUCUGGCAAUAAGAAGGAGAAGGAGGACACAUUCCUGAAGCCCACUUGCCCUAAACAGCAAGAAGAACCACCAGACUCAGCGAACAGUCCUCCAAAUAAACCCACCCCAGCCUUGAAUCCCAAAUCAAACCUCAUAACAGCAAGGACAUUCCUGCACCUGGAGACUUCCUCCAAUAAACCUGGUAACCAGGGGGACACUAAGGCCAACAGCAGCCACUGCUCCCCGCCGAGAGUGGGGCAGCUGCUGCAGUCCCUGUCAGAGGGCACCAGUAGCAAUGGGUCCAGCUUGAAGCAGAGAGCUCCUGUGGCCACUUCUGGGGUGCUGCCAGCUGAAAAUGAGAAUGUGUUUUAUGGGGUGGAAAAGAGACAAAGCCCUGAACAUGGCCAUUUUGACCUUUUCUCCCCAUACAAUCACCUCAAACGGGAUAAAAAGUCUGUAGUGCCUUGCUAUGACAAGUUCCCAGAGGAUGUGCUGCUGGAAAAGAACAGUGCGUACGGGGCGGAGAAGAGAAUGACUCUGGGGCACAGCAAGCUGGACCUGAUCACCAAGUACAACAAAUUGAAAUCCAAACAUAUACACAGUCGGUUCGAACUCUGA